AUAGCAUUUUUUCCCCGAUAAUUUUCGAAAACAGUUCAGGGAGGGGGACAAUCAAUCAAUAAAGCUAUAAAUAGGUGGCCCGAAUGCAAAAACAACUUAUUAGUGCUUAGACUACGAAAAUGGCCCCCUUACAUUUUUUCGCACUGGUAACCCUGUGGUGUUCAGUUGGAAUUUGCCAAAUCGAUUUUGUUUAUGGUGAAGGCAAUGACAAUCCUCUCAUCCUCAAUAAUAUAGUUGAUAAAACUAAGUUAAGAGACGACGACAGUUCUAGUACAUCCAGCACGUCUGACUCAAACUCUGGCAGACCCAGCUCUUCUGACCCGAGCUCUAGCGAUCCCAGUUCUUCUGACCCCAGCUCUUCUACUCCAACUACUAGCGGACCCAGCUCUUCUGACCCGAGCUCUAGCGACCCCAGUUCUCCUGACUCCAGCUCUCCUACCCCAACUUCUAGCGAUCCCAGCUCUUCGGACCCGAGCACUAGCGAUCCAAGUUCUUCUGACCCCAGCGCUCCUACUCCAACUUCUAGCGAUCCCAGCUCUUCGGACCCGAGCCCUAGCGAUCCAAGUUCUUCUGACCCCAGCGCUCCUACUCCAAAUACUAGCGAUUCCAGCUCUUCUGACCCCAGCKCUYCUACUCCAAMUACUAGCGAUUCCAGCUCUUCUGACCCCAGCUCUUCUACUCCAACUUCGGACCCGAGCUCUAGCCCAACGGACGUUACUGAUAAACCUAGCACUGGAGUCAGCACUAAUGCAAGCGGAAUUUCAUUGUUAAUCGUCUCAUUCUUCAGCACAUUAUUAGCGUUUUAUCGCAUGUAGAAGCGCAAAUUUUGUAUUGUAACGAAGCAUUGCCAACGCUUUUUGAAUGUGAUUUAUUGUAGACUAAAUUUUACCAAACGCUGGUUUCACGAUUGUUGUGAAUAUUGAAUUGUUUUAAGUUAUUAUGUAAUAUACAUAUAUGUACAA